AUGAGCACCAGAGCACCAGUAUCACAGCCUCUACGAGCACCAGUAUCACAGCCUCUACGAGCACCAGUAUCACAGGCUCUACGAGCACAAGUAUCACAGGCUCUACGAGCACCAGUAUCACAGGCUCUACGAGCACCAGUAUCACAGCCUCUACGAGCACCAGUAUCACAGGCUCUACGAGCACCAGUAUCACAGGCUCUACGAGCACAAGUAUCACAGGCUCUACGAGCACCAGUAUCACAGCCUCUACGAGCACAAGUAUCACAGCCUCUACGAGCACCAGUAUCACAGCCUCUACGAGCACCAGUAACACAGCCUCUACGAGCACCAGUAUCACAGCCUCUACGAGCACCAGUAUCACAGCCUCUACGAGCACCAGUAUCACAGCCUCUACGAGCACAAGUAUCACAGCCUCUACGAGCACAAGUAUCACAGCCUCUACAAGCACAAGUAUCACAGCCUCUACGAGCACAAGUAUCACAGCCUCUACGAGCACAAGUAUCACAGCCUCUACGAGCACAAGUAUCACAGCCUCUACGAGCACAAGUAUCACAGCCUCUACAAGCACAAGUAUCACAGGCUCUACGAGCACCAGUAUCACAGCCUCUACGAGCACCAGUAACACAGCCUCUACGAGCACCAGUAUCACAGGCUCUACGAGCACCAGUAUCACAGCCUCUACGAGCACCAGUAACACAGCCUCUACGAGCACCAGUAUCACAGGCUCUACGAGCACAAGUAUCACAGCCUCUACGAGCACAAGUAUCACAGCCUCUACGAGCACAAGUAUCACAGCCUCUACGAGCACAAGUAUCACAGCCUCUACGAGCACAAGUAUCACAGCCUCUACAAGCACAAGUAUCACAGGCUCUACGAGCACCAGUAUCACAGCCUCUACGAGCACCAGUAACACAGCCUCUACGAGCACCAGUAACACAGCCUCUACGAGCACCAGUAUCACAGGCUCUACGAGCACAAGUAUCACAGGCUCUACGAGCACCAGUAACACAGCCUCUACGAGCACCAGUAACACAGCCUCUACGAGCACAAGUAUCACAGCCUCUACGAGCACAAGUAUCACAGCCUCUACAAGCACCAGUAUCACAGGCUCUACGAGCACCAGUAGCACAAUGA